AUGAGCAGCAAUGGGACAGACCUCACCAUUGGCUUCAUCUCCUCUUCCGUAGCCAUCCUUUUGUUUGGCUCAAACUAUGUACCACUUAAAAAAUAUAAUACUGGUGAUGGAAUGUUUCUCCAGUGGGUACUUUGUGCUGCCAUAUGGUUGGUUGCCUUGGUGGCCAACUUGAUAUUACAUUGCCCUAAGUUUUGGCCUUUUGCAAUGGUUGGGGGCUGUAUUUGGGCAACAGGGAACAUUGCUGUUGUCCCAAUUAUCAAAACCAUUGGUUUAGGCCUUGGACUCUUAAUCUGGGGAUCAUUUAAUUCCUUAACUGGUUGGUCAAGCUCAAGGUUUGGCUGGUUUGGAAUGGAUGCAGAAGAAGUAGCAAAACCACUGCUAAAUUACUUUGGAGCUGGGCUCUCAGUAGUAAGUGCUUUCGUAUUUUUUUUCAUCAAAAGUGAAAUACCAAAUAACACGUGUUCUGUGGAUACCACACCAUUAAUGAUAGAGCAUGUGACCAACAAAACCCAAGAUUCCUGUCCUGGCUAUUCCUGGGUGGAUAAACUUUCCACAGUGCAAUCCCGCAUAGUGGGCUGCAGUCUUGCAGUAAUAUCUGGAAUCCUCUAUGGAUCCUCAUUUGUGCCAAUCAUUUAUAUCAAGGACCACAGCAAAAGGAAUGAGAGUGUAUAUUCAGGGGCGAGCCAGUACGAUUUAGACUAUGUUUUUGCACAUGCUAGUGGCAUCUUUCUUACAAGUACAGUCUACUUUCUGGCUUACUGUAUAAUCAUGAAAAAUAAUCCUAAACUAUAUCCUGAAGCAGUCUUGCCAGGGUUUCUGUCAGGAGCACUUUGGGCUACAGCUUCCUGCUGUUGGUUCAUAGCUAACCACUCUCUCAGCGCUGUGGUCAGCUUUCCGAUAAUCACUGCUGGCCCAGGAUUUGUAGCUGCAAUGUGGGGUGUCUUCAUGUUUAAGGAAAUACAGGGUCAACAAAACUACCUAUUAAUGAUAUUUGCAUUUUGCAUCAUCUUGACUGGAGCAUUAUGCACUGCUUUUUCUAAAAUCUAA